CUCGGAUCCUUGAGGGCCCUCUUUCUUGCUCUCGUUGGUCGUUCGAGUUAGCGACUUCAUGCGACUGUGGCUGCAGAUUCUUUCUUUUAAUUUGGCCCUCGCUCUUUCUGUCCUUCGACCUGGGGUAGAAUCCGAGACAGGUACAAUUCGACAAAGAGAUGGGCGAGACUCCCAUGGUUGAUGCCGUUCGCGGCGUCACUCUAUCAGUAGCUAUUUUGUGCACAUUGGUUUGCUCUCUCCGGUUGUAUAUGCGCCGGUUUGUCGUCAAAUCAUUUGGUCUCGACGACUAUCUGGUGAUCGUCGCACUGCUCCUCGUCAAUGGCUUUUCUGCCCUCGCAUACACAAUCACCUACUACGGCCUGGGCGUACACCAAGAAGAUGUCAUCGCGCGCAACCACCUCGGCGUCUGGCUCAAGAUCUACUACGCCGCCCUCUGCAGCUACCUCGUCGUUGCCGCCUCCGUAAAGCUCAGCCUAACAACCUUCAUCAUGCGCGUCUUCCCGCAACCCUACGUCCAACGCAUUGGCUACGGCAUCAUCCUCUUCAUCCUCGCCUUUACCAUCUCUGGCGAACUCACCCUCGCCUUGCAAUGCAAGCCCGUUCGCGCCUUUUGGGACAAGACUAUCCUUACGGGGAAGUGCUUCUCCAACGAUACCAUGUUUGCAAUCACGAUGUAUCAGGGGGUUCUCAUGUUCAUCUGUGACGUCGUGAUUAUUGUCCUGCCGAUGCCGGCAAUUUGGGGACUGCAGAUGGCGCUCAGAAAGAGGUUGCUUGUGCUGUUUAUGUUUAGUUUCGGGUUCAUCGCGUGUAUUGCGGCCCUUGUGCGGUUCUCAACAUUGGCGUAUACUAAGGAUUCGACUGAUAUGACUUACUCCGCCGCAAUGUCUCUAAUCUGGAUGGAAAUCGAAUUCAACUUGGGCCUACUCGCAGGCUCCCUCAGCUCGAUCCGGCAGCUCUUCAAGAUCAAAUCCAUCUUCAGCAGCAAGGAGAAGUACGGAUCCUCGUCUCGCGGAUACGAGCUGCACGCGGGGACAGGCGGUCACGGGUCCGCUUCCGCAUCAGCUUCUGCACGGAACAAGCGCUCUUGGAAGAGGGGCGAGGGAAUACUUAAGAUCUCGGAGGUCACAACGACCAUUGAUGAGUAUAAUCCGGAUUAUAGUGAGGGGAGGCGGAGUGGCGGGUCGGGGUCCGGGUCGCCUGGUGCUGCUGGGGGGAGUGGAGGGAGUGGGAGGCCAGAGAGUCAGGAGAGGAUUGUGUCGCCAGGAAUGGGAAUUGGGGUUGGGGCGCAUGUCAAUGGUCAUAGUCAUGGGUUUGGGCAUGGACAUGGAGGCGUGCCCCUUAAUGCGGAGGGGAUGAUUUACGGCCAGGGGGAUUCGGUGAGGGUUGAUGUGAGGGGUGGGGGAAGGUCGAGAUUCUAGGCUCUCGGCCUCUUGUGUAUAUUCCAUUUGUCAAUUGGUUAAUGAGAAAGAAAAAAGUAUUCAUUAUUA